GCAUUUCUCUUAUUCUAGUAUCUGCUAGUUAGGAAAAAUGGCGGAGGGAAUGAAGAUUGGGGCGAGGGUUAAUAUUAUUGGAAAAAAUUUGAAAGGAACAAUUGCUUACAUUGGCGCAACGAUGUUCGCAAGUGGGAAAUGGAUCGGCGUUGUUCUGGAUGUUCCUAAAGGAAAAAACGAUGGCACAGUGCAAGGGAAAAGAUAUUUUGAAUGUGGAGAGAAUUUCGGUGUCUUUGUUAGACAGCAACAUAUUAAUGUGGUUCCGCAAGAUUCUGGCGGAGAGCAGGCUAGUGAAUUAAAGACUCCUAAGUCUGUCUCUAAGAAUGUAAAGAGGGUUUCAGAACCUGGUGCUCGAGCUCCGAGCCCUUCUCAACUUCCUACACCAAGCUCGAAAACAUCAAGCCUGCCGAUUCCAUCAUCGUUACAAAAACCUUCAGCAAAAUCUGGGAUUUCACCAUCAAGUAGCAGAACACCGGCACCAGUAUCUUCUGCUCCAGCUCAAGAAGAAACAACUGAAGCUGUUGCAAUGCCUCAGCAUCAUGAACCACAGCCAUCUGCGCUUUCAAGCAUAUCUGCACUGGCAGGGGGGGUAUCAAUGGCGGAAGUUGAAAUGUUAAAAGCUCAAGCUAAGGAUUGGAAAGACAAAUUCGAAGCGAUCAGAUUGAAACGACAAGCGGAUAGGGACAAAUUGAAAGAUCUAGAAAAAUCAAAGCUUCAAGUACAACAGUUAAUGGAAUUUAAGAACCGCAUGAGUGAACAAAAUCAAGAUUUAUCGAAGCAACUUCGGGAAGCUAAAAAGGAAGCGAAAGAAGCUGUCGAGUCUAAGGAACACUACAUAGAAGAGAUGUCCGACGUCCAUGAAACUGUCGAAAUGGCGACCCUCGAUAAAGAGAUGGCAGAAGAAAAAGUUGAAACUCUUCAAGUUGAAGUUACUUCUCUCAAAGAAAGGGUAGAGGAAUUACAAACUGAUUUAGAAAUCAUGAAGGCGGAGAUUGAAGAUAAAGGAUCCGAUGGUGCCGCGUCCAGUUAUCAGUUAAAACAACUCGAAGAACAGAACGCUAGAUUGAAAGAAGCGUUGCUGAGAUUGAGAGAUUUAUCUGCUGCAGAGAAAACGGAACGGUUAGGAAUGGAGAAACAAAUUGAAAAGAAAACAAAAGAACUAGAUGAAGCAUUGAACAAAAAAGAAAAAAUCUCCGCUGAACUGGAAAAAGCGGAAUCUGUUAUCGAUGAGUUAAAAGAGCAGGUGGAUGCUGCUCUCGUAGCGGAAGAAAUGGUUGAAGAAUUAACAGAUAAAAACUUAACUUUGGAAGAAAAACUCGCCGAUUAUGAAGAACAAAUUCAUGAUUUAGAAACGAUGAACGAAAUGAAUGAGGAAUUGCAAGAAAAUGCUCGAGAGAACGAAAUGGAAUUAAGAGAGGAAGUUGAUCUCGCUCGAUCGAACAUGAGAGAAGCAAGACGAGAGACUGAGGCAGCGAACGAAGCGAUUAAUGAUUAUCAGGAUACCAUCGGGAAAUUCCGCAAACUUGUGCAAGAGCUACAAGAAGCAAAUCAAGAUUUGCGUCAACAAAAUUCAGAUGAUGGCAAACCUGAAGAACCGGAAAUACCGGCCCCUGCUUUCAAUUACCAAAUUAAAAUGGGGGGAACAAAAGCUGCUGCUCGCUCUAUAGAUCUCGAUUUGCGAAAAUUGGAAGCGCAACAAGCGAACGAACAUGUUAAAUUUUUAUCUAUGUUUAUGCCUGAUUUGUUCUCGAAACGUGGUGGAGAUAACGACUGCGUUCAGGUUUUACUGCUGGUUCAACGAGUUGCUAGAAAAGCUGAAAUAAUAGCUAAACAUGUUGCGGAUCGUUUCGAGGUUUCUGUGGCUGUUGAUAACGUGGCUGAUUAUCGCGGAGCAAGAGGAGAGCAGUUAACUUUUUCUACAGGAUUUGUAACCACAUUAACACAACUUCAAAUUCUUAUGGAGAAAUUUGAAACUGCUUUGGGACAUUGUUCCGUUGAGCUUUUUCAAAAAAUUGGAACUUUACAUGCUGAGAUGUCUCCCCAUGAGUUGGUUCUGGACGUCUUAGCUGAACAACUUCGAAAAGAUACUUUGGACGAAACUACGAAAGUUGACCAACUUAUCAAAUCAGUAGACUUUUUCAAGCAUUUAUACAGUGUACACUUAAGUAAAGAACCAUAUUUGGAUUGUUGGAAGCUUAUUGAUGAAUAUAUCAACCAAUCUACAGCUCUUCUACAAAAUAUUCAUAAUAACGCCUCAAGAAUGAAGUCUUAUUUGAAGACAGGUCAAGAAACAAGCGACAUUGGCCUCCUACUUCGUGAUAUUGACACAGCUUCUUCUGACGUGAAACAAUUUUGUAAGAAGUUACGUCGUCGAAUCCCACAACCUCCGGGAGGAGAGGACGGAAAAAUGCAGUCAAACAAAUUACCAAUGCUUAAAUUUAGUCAUGAUACUGUUGGUAAGAUCCAAGAAAGUGAAAACAACCUUUUCAAAAUCUCAGUCGCAUUAAAUACUGCAAUAAGUCAGUGUUCACUUCAAUCUGGUCCUGAUUACAGACAACUUUCUCACCAAGAACUACAAGCAAUUUUUGAAAGAUCAGCCAAGCCUGUAUUUACCACAGAGAAAGAUGGUUAUGAAGGUGUCAGACUAUCUAUAGGGAAUGUAAUGGCAACAAUGAAUUCACUUAUUACUUCUCUACAAGAAGGGGAAUUUGAUACAAAAGAGAAAAGACCGGAGGUGACACCACCAGUUAAGAAACGCGCCCAAGCUGUUAAAUCUGAAAUAACAGACUCUGAAGGGCUUGCAACGAAAUUAAGCGAUAAGGAUACAGUAAUUCAAGAACUAAGAAAAUCUUUGAAACUGAAAUCGGCUGAAAUGGGGGAAACGAAAAUCAGAAUUGGAAUGCUAGAGAGAAAACUAGAAAAAAGUGGAAAAUUUGGAGAAGAACAAGUCAGCAGAUUGCAACAAGAAAACGAUAACAUGAAAGAAGAAUUGAAAAAGAAAGAUAGAGAAUAUGAUGAAACGUUAGACACUCUUCAGCAUGACAUUGACACGCUCGAAUAUGAAAAGUCCGAACUUAAGCAGCGUCUUAUCGCACAAUCUAAGCGCUCGUACGCUGAUGUAAAAGGAGAUACAGACCGCGCAUCACCUUUGAAAUCAAAUAUAGCUUCACUAUUAGCUGGAGCUACGACAGCGUCUGGUGGGACGCCAGGUACUCAGAUUGUCGUUGAAGACUCUCCGUUAAUGAAAGAACAAAUUCAAGCACUUGAAGUCGCGUUGCGAUCCCUGAGAGCAGAAAAAUACAAACUCUUAGGCAAGAGUUUACAUGAUAGAAUGAAGAAAUUAACUCCAAUUAACGUCCAGCGAAAAACAAAAAUGGAAAAAGAUGAAACUAAUACUGAGUUACGAAAACUUCAUCUUAAUCUUGAAAAAUUGAAAGAGCAUGUUGUAUCAGUCGUUUGUCCAAAAGUUGUGGACAUUAGUAUAAAGAAAUCUGGCGCGGAAUUGAUCGGAAGCAAGUCACCAUCUCAACAAUUGGUGCAAGAGCAACUAAAAUUACAAAUAGCAAGAGAAAAAGUUGCUGAAUUACAAAUCAAAGCUGGCCAACUUAUGGCGGCAACUAAAAUGGGAAACCGCGUGGAACGACAGUUCACUUCGUUCCCCACCACUGAGUUUUCAAAGAGUUUGCUCACAGCCGGUGCAGUGGAGAUAGGACGACUCUCACUACCGUCAGAUUCAUCUCAGAAAGCUCAACAGUCAUUCAAGCCAUUAGUGCUGCAACCUGAAGAGCUGAUGCAACUUCAUAACAAAGUUGUCCAACCAUAUUUAAUACAACAGUAAUAAUUAACUUUCCAAAUUGAGAGAGAAUUUAAAAUGCACAUUUUUUUCUUGUUGAAGCGGGUCUGUUUCAAUUACUAUUACCGGUAUAUAUUACUUUCAUUAUUUAUUUGAAUAAUUAAUUUGGGUACUGUUUACCCCAGCUAUCAUAACGCUAUUCUAUUCUGUUUGAAUUCCUGAAUUAAUUUUUUUUAUGUUCAAUUAGAAUUUAAUAUUUAGCUUGAUACAUAUUUUCAUUUACUUUCUAGGGCUGGGCAUUUUCUUGGCGAGUAUUCAUUUAGUUUGUGAUCAGUCUAUAUGAUUUGAUUGAAUCGAUUCACUUUUCUUAAUUGCUAUUCACCCACAAGUACCAGCAAUUAUAAAUAUAUACCCAAAAUGCCAUUACUUAACUUCCUUUGUUUAUAUCCAGCACUGAUGGUACAGUACAAUAGCCUGCUAAUCAUGACGAAUUUUCAAUUCACGCAUAAUUACAUUAUGAAUUGAAUGGUGGCAAUUUUAGUUGAAUAAAUAAUUUGGAUAUAUUCUCUCAUCCCUAGUUAUAACAUUAUAUCUAGCGCAGUGGUUCUCAAACUUUUCAGGUCACGCCCCUUUUUGCACACCCCACCUCAAUAAUAACUAGCUAACAAUGAGCUGCGAAUAACAGAUAGAACCGGGGAAAGUAUGUUUCUUUCCAAAAACACGUUGAAAAUGUGUACAUAAUAAAAAAAAUAUGAAUAUUCAAAAUAAGACAGGUAAGAUCAUAUGUACCUGUAAUAAUUUUUUUUUUUUUAAUUGGCUUCACGCCCCCUCAAAAAAUUGUCUUCGGCCCCCCCUGCGGGGCGCAUCUCACCGUUUGGGAACCACGGAUCUAGGGUCAAUCAAUAUUUACUUACACUAUGAUUUAUAUUCUCAGUAGCUCUCAUGGCACUUUAGUGGGCAGCCCAUAAUUUCGCUCACAAACCAGUCCCCUUUGUUUCAGAGUGAAAGCUCUGAACUUUGCUUGAAGUAAAUAUCCUUUAAAAAUCCAUGACUGUAAAAAUAGUGGUCGUUUAGUUGUCUAUUUAUCGUCAUUAAAGUGUACAUCUAUAUUAUGUAUGGUGCUUGCCAUAAAUGUAUUAUUUGUUGGUUGGCAAUGUCAUCCAUCGAAUAAGAGCUCAAUUUACGACAAUUUUUUCACACUAAACAAAGUGCAACUAACUUUUUCACUCAAACAAUUCAGAUUUGUCAAGCAUAGUCACUGCAUAAACUGUGCUUAAAUUUGUUAAAAAAUUAUGAAUUUCUGAUCGGAUUCCAAAUAAUUUUCUUUGGCCUUCCAUGGUUGAGAUUUCAUCUUCAUUAAGUGUCACUUUAUAGUUAUUAUAGCCCCAUAUAGUUCAUCUGUCAGUACUCGUAUUAUAUACCUAUUUUGUGUAUUUUCAUUGCUUGUAAUUCAUUUUGUUCCAAAACAAAGUUCCUUUGCUUUAGGGUAUAUACCGCAUGCAGUGUUUCAGUCCUGUACAGUCACCUAUUUAUCAAUUGAAAUCACUUAGAAUAUUGUUUACAAUCUUUGUUAGGCUUUGUAUUAUCCGCCACUUGACAUAGGGAACUAUUCAUCUUAAAAAAAAUUUGUUUACAUCCCGGGUGAGGUGGUGGGCUAGUAUUAGUAGGCUAAUAAUUACCAGAGUUCGAGCCAGAAAUUCUCGAAUAUAGUUAGACAAACAUCCUAACUUCCAGACCAUCAUACUCAUUGUGGAGGCAAAAUUAACGAAUAUAUUCUGAAGGGGUUUUAAUAAUUACUGAAAACAACAGAAAGACACAGUUUGGGAGAAUUUAUCGAAGUUCAAAACUGAGGUCGAAUCCAAUCUUAAAGGACAUAUAUUUCACAUUCGAAAUAGCAUGGCAAAAAAUGAGCAUUAUUAGGGCAAGAACUGAGAGGAAGUGUUUUUCGGCUCUAGUGAUUAAAGCGCCCAUUGUUAGUCUUUUUCCGGUUUUUUUCAGUAAUUAUCAAUUCCCCCAAUUUUGUUUCUCCCCACAUACAUUUAAAGAUAUUGGUUCUAAUACUUGUUUAAUUGUGUAUUUAAAUAUAG